UUUAGGAAAAUUGAAAACCACAAUGGAUUAUGAGAAAGUACACCUUAGUUUGUUAAUCUCUGCCAUGAUUAGCUACCUUACAUUGGUAUGUGUGAGUUCCAAAGCAACUCACAUUGUUGGAGAUCGUGUGGGUUGGGCUUCGCCUGGUUACAAUGGCUUCUACGAAAAUUGGAGCAGAAACGUAACCUUCAAUGUUGGAGACGUACUUCUAUUCCAGUACAAUCCUGGGCUAAGCACAGUGGUGCAUGUAAACAAGGAUGAUUACGAUCACUGCACAACGAGAAAUGUGAUGCAAACCUACUUCAGAGGGAAUUCCAGUAUCACUUUAGACCAUCCUGGUGAAUAUUUUUUCUUUUGUUCUGUUGGUAAGCAUUGUGAGGCAGGCCAAAAGCUUCAAAUCAGUGUUUCUCAGGGUAACCCACCCUCCAAAACAAGUUAA